AUGAGUCAAUCCUCCGGCGGUGGUGGCACUUUUGAAGGUGUCUAUAAUGCGUUUCGAGAGGAAUGCAAUAGGUACACACAGCGAAAGAAGAUCAAAGUCAGCGGCAAAACGGUUCGUCCCAUCAUCUACCCGGAUGACCGUACAUCACCCGAGCUUUUUCAGUCAAAAUUGUUCAAUAUGACACCUAGCGAACCAAUAGCUGAGCAACUUACCUUUGAAGGGUUUGCUAGCUUAAUGCAACAGAUUGAUGUUUUCAUUUUUGGCGCAGACGCAUUACUCUGGCUUCGCGACGGUGUCAUCACCGAUGCUGCAAAUCUGGUGAACCUUUUGAUUGAAGAAAAGAAGGAGGUUUUCAUAGUGACUAACGACACAACUAACUCAAGAGACAGCCAUGAAGAGAAGCUCAGAAAACAUCGUUUCAAUAAGAAACUGAAUAAGGUUACUUGUCAAUUACUGCAAAUCUUUUUACUGCCACAAUGCAGAAGGUGUAUAACAGUAAAGAAGUUCAUUGACGAUUCGACAUGUAGACAGAAUCUGUCUGAUGAGCCUCAUGAUUACUUACUUACUUAGAU